GAAAAAAAUUCAAUAACGAUAAGAAAAUGUCUACCGAGUCGUCUACUCAACCGAAAAAACAGCCUACUGUGCUAUUGUGUAUUGGCAUGGCUGGCUCGGGUAAAACUACCUUUAUGCAGCGUUUGAAUGCCCACCUUCACGGCGUUAAAAAACCGCCAUAUGUGUUAAAUCUUGACCCUGCUGUUACACAACUUCCGUUCACUGCUAAUAUUGAUAUUCGAGACACAGUAAAUUACAAAGAAGUGAUGAAGCAAUACAAUUUAGGACCUAAUGGUGGGAUUUUGACAAGUUUAAACCUUUUUACCACAAAAUUUGAUCAAGUACUUGAAUUCAUUUCCAAACGUGCUUCAACACUUGAGUAUAUUAUUGUAGACACACCUGGCCAAAUCGAGAUUUUCACGUGGUCCGCGUCUGGGGCAAUAAUUACCGAUGCUAUGGCAGCAACGUAUCCAUGUGCAGUGGCAUACAUUAUAGAUACACCACGAACAACAAGCCCUGCCACUUUUAUGAGUAACAUGUUAUAUGCUUGCAGUAUUUUGUAUAAAACAAAACUUCCAUUCAUAUUGGUGUUCAACAAAACCGACGUGAUUUCUCACGAAUUCGCUGUGAAAUGGAUGACUGAUUUUGAGGCUUUCCAACAAGCUCUGCAAAAAGAUUCAAGCUACAUGAGCAGUCUUAUGAACUCUAUGUGUUUGGUUUUGGAAGAGUUUUAUAAACAUUUAAGGGUUGUUGGCGUCUCAGCCAUUACAGGUGCUGGAAUGGAUGAAUUUUUCGGAGCAGUAGAUGAGGCAGCCAAGGAAUAUGAAAC